GUUCCCGUCCCAUCAGGAUAAAAGGCGUUCGACCGCCUCGGGGAGUCACAGAAUCCGAUUCGCCAACUCAACCGCCGCAGACAGAGACCCUCCGAGCUGAGCCCCAUGGCCCGCACCGCGAACCCCGCCGCCCCCCGGCUCCUCCGCGCCGCGCUGCUGCUCCUGCUCCUGGUGGCCGCCGGCCGGCGCGCAGCAGGGGCGCCCGUGGUCACCGAACUGCGCUGCCACUGCUUGCAGACAGUGCAGGGAAUUCACUUCAAGAACAUCCAGAGCUUGACGGUGACGCCCCCGGGACCCCACUGUGGCCAAACGGAAGUCAUAGCCACUCUCAAGAAUGGUCAGGAAGUUUGUCUCAACCCCGCAGCCCCCUUGGUUAAGAAAAUAGUCGACAAGAUGCUAAACAAGGGCAGCACCAACUGAUCUGGAGAGAAAGAGGAAGCUUACUGGCUACUGCUGAGCCCUAGUGGAAUUGGAGUGAAUGAAGAGAAAGGAAUAGCUCCUGGGGCCACCUAGACUGCAUUUAAUGUGUUUGGCUAUUUCUUAUG